AUGAAGGCUCGUAUUGAAGAAUUUAUUGACUAUUUAUUGGAUACCGAGACAACAUCGGACCUAACAUUUCAACAAGCAAUUGCCAAAGAUAAUAAAUUUUAUCAAGAAGAAUAUCAAGAAGAAUAUUUAAAUGCAAUUAAGGAAAAAUUGCAUAAGUUACAGGAGAUUUACUCGGAUCAACGAAUUAAACAUCAAAAUGGUUUAGGUGAAAAACCGGAGACUAAUGGUAACCAUCGACAGUUAUUUGUCGAUAAUGAAUCAGACGAAUUGACUGAUAACGAUGAGGAAUCGACUGAAACCAUUAAACCAAAACUAAUAGUUACAGAUAAUCAAACAGACCUGAGCAAAAGCAACAAAGUGUUCGUUCAAUCAAAACAUAAAGACGAUUUUGAGAAACAACAUGAACGUUUAUUACAAUUUUCAUUUAUUAUUCACAAAGCGUAUACUCAUUUCAACCGUAUCUAUUAUUUUACACUAAAUCACUAUUUAGAUAGUGAAAAUGAUAAAAUUUUACUUAUUGGUUUACGUCAGCUAGCAUUACAUUUAUCAGAAUUGACCAAUGUUCACGAUUUUGAUAAUAUAGAAAUUAUUGAAUUUGUUCGAAAUAGAUGCCAAAAUCAAAAGGAAACAAUAUCAGAAGCUCAUCGACAAGUUCUAUCAUCAAUUGAAUUAUUAAUGAAAACAGCAUCAACAACAUCGUCGUCAAACGUGGAUAAAUACAGUGAAGAACAGUUAAAAAAAAUUGAUUUAUUUUAUUCUUAUAGAUCUCAGUGGUUGGAUGUACGACGAGAGUUUCGAGAUUCUUCUCAAUAUUUUAUCGAUGGUGAUUCGUUGUUAUUAACAAUUGCUCAUCAUUGUAAUAUCAAUUUGAAUAGUGAUAUGGGUAAUACACUUCAUGUCAUUUUUAUUAUUGAAAAAAUAUUGUUAACAUUAUUUAAACAAUCGAAUGAAACAAAUUAUUAUCUCAUAUUUUUUGAUUGUAAUUAUAAAUUGUACAAAACAAAAUGUUCAAUAUUAUCUUUGUUAAGACAAUGUUUAAUUCAACAUUUGAAACAAAAUUCAGAUAAAUGUUCAUUAAAAAUUCGUCUAUUUUCAUCUUGGAUUUCAAAUGAUUAUGUAAAAUUUUAUAAACAAGAAAAACCAUUGUUUGUAUUUUAUAAUGAUUUUACUGGAAUUAAUUCAGUCGAUUUAUUAUCAAGAUAUGAAUUAAAUCAAUUGAUUAUUACUUAUCGUCUAUUCGGUAAUUAUCAUCAAUUUUUCGUUGAAUGUGGACUUUAUUUAAUGAAUAAAUUAAAUUUAUCGGAAACAUCUGUUAACUGUUUCAGAAUUGUAUUUAAUAAAAUGUGUGCAUUAAAUAACAUAGAAAAAUAUGUUGAAAUAUCUACAGUAUCUGAUUUGAAUUCAAAUUUACAGUUAGAUUUAUUAAAUAUAAAAUAUGAAAAGAUGUUAAUUAAUUUAUCAAUUGAAAUAGCUGAUAGUGAUGCACGAUUAUAUUAUUAUGUUUUGGCUGCAUUAAUACUUACAGAAAACAAGAAGACUGAUGAAAAUCAACAACUAUUAAAACAACUUAUACCAUUUUUACUGUUACAUAUUGCAUUACUUAUCAAGUUAUCAAUUAUUGAUCGAUAUCUAAAACCGUUUCCAAAAGUGAACUUUAGUCCUUUGUUAACGCAAUUAAUUCAAGAAUUUCAACAAAUACUAUCAUUGAAUUUAUCAAAAAUGUUACCAGAUUUAUCCUAUACUAAAAUAGCUGAUAUGUUUGAUGGACGUUUGUUUGCAUUUACACUUUAUACGAUAAUGGAUAAAACACAGAAUUUUCGUUUGGAUACAGACACAUACAAUAUUUUAAAACGUAGUUUUGUUCUGUAUGCUGAACAAACAAUGGAUGAUAAUGUACUUGUGGAUGCUUUAGAACAGAUGAUAUUAACGAAAAAUAUUACCUUUGGUGAUGAUACAAGUUUGAUAGAGAAUACAACCGUGAUAAAAAGAAUAACAACGUUAACAAAAAUAUCUAAUCCUUUAAUCGAUACCUACUUACAACCAAUUUCAUCAGAAAUAGUAUUUACUGAUGUGGAGAAUCACUCAUCAAUGCCGGAAUACAAAGGAAAAUUUCAUUGGCAUGUAUAUAAAGAAGUUGGAAGUGAAAUUGAUCGCGUACGAGAUAAUAGUAUGGGAAACAAAUCGAAAAACUAUCGUUUUAGAACAAAGAAUACUCAACUGUAUUAUCAAUAUAUGACAUUAUAUGGAAAAUCAUUAACAAGUCGCGACAUAAAAGAUAGUAAUUCAAAAAUUGUAUUGCCAACUCUAGUAAUUAAUACGAACGGUAAUGAUAAACAGGACCGACAGAAGAAAAUUCAUAAGACAAAAGCAGAAAAAAUAAUUGAAGGAAAUGAUAAAAAAAAAAAUGAUAAAAGGGUACAUGAUGAGAGUGAACGAAUGACAACAAUUGAAUCUAUGUUGAAACGACUACCGAACAAUAAUUUUAUUCAAUCUCUAGAAAUAAUUGAUAAUCAUCUGCCAAGUUUUCAGUCAAAACGUUUAGAAAUAUUGAAAUUAAAAUUGGUUGUACAACGAAAAUAUUUGAAAUAUUUAAAACAACAAAUCAAACCAACGUGUUUAGAACAAUUACAAAUAGGUUACUUUGCUACAUUGACGGAAAUUGCACAUUUAGAAAACAGUUCAAAUAAUCCAUGGAAUGAAAAAGAAAAAUAUAUGAAAGAAUUAAUCGAUGAUAAUGAUUUAGCAGGAGACAAAUGGUUCAGAUUUCAAAUGAAUACAAUAAAUUCUAGAGUACCAAGAUUAGAAAAUGGUAAAGCAGAUCCACGUGUAGCGGACUUUAUUCCCGAUGAUUGGCAGGUCGAAUUUCUCAAUGCCGUUGAUCAAAAACAAUCGAUCAUUAUCGUAGCGCCAACUGCUUCGGGUAAAACAUACGCUUCGUAUUAUGCUAUGAAAUCUGUAAUAAAAGAAGAUGAUAUUGGAAUAUGUGUGUACGUGGCACCGACAAAAGCAUUGGUCAAUCAAGUUUCGGCAACUAUCUAUUCAAAAUUUGGUGCCGUCUUUGGCGUCUUCACACGUGACUAUCGAACAAAUGUUGAAAAUUCUCGAAUAUUGGUGACUAUUCCCCAGUGUUUUGAAAUUUUAUUGUUAUCACCACAACAUCAGCAAUGGUGCAAUAAAAUACGAUAUGUAAUAUUCGACGAAAUUCACUGUAUGAGUGGAGAAGCUGAUAGUGACGUUUGGGAGAAAAAUAUGCUAUUGAUCAAUUGUCCGAUGAUUGGUUUGUCUGCAACUGUCAAUAAUGGUGAAGAAGUACAUCGUUGGUUGAAAAAAGUUGAAGAAAAACGUGCGUUAUUAUUCCACCGCAACACAGUUCUUCGAGACAUUCGCUUCAUAUCGUACAAUGAACGUAUGGCUGAUUUAAACAAAUAUUUGUAUUCGGAAAAACAACUUCAUCCAAUUCAUCCAAUUCAAAUAAUGGAUUCAAAACAACUAAUAGAUCGUGGUUGCUUGCCUAAAGAUUUUGCAUUAUCACCGAAAGAAACACUACAAUUGAGCGAUGCCAUUCAAAAAACAUCGGAAAUAGCUAGCAAUGUCACUCACGAAACGCAUUCAUCAGUCUCAAAGUACUUUGCUAAUGAUUGGAUAAUGGAACGUUGGAAAUGUAAUGACUAUAGUCGGAGCGUAUGUAAUAAUUUCCAGUCAAUCGUGAAAGAAAAAGGAGUAGAAAGAAUCGAUUCAAUAAUUACAAAUUUAAAUGAAGUCAAUCCGAGUUUAAAUGCAAAUUAUCCGGAAGGGAAAAAAAUGUCCACAUUAAUUGUGGAUUUUGUUUUAACAUUACGUGAAAAAAAUUUACUACCAUGUAUUGUCUUCUCGGAUAGUCGUCAUUUGGUCGAAUUGAUGGCUGAGAGUGUUUCAUCAUAUUUUGAACAACAAGAAAAUCAUUUAAGAGAGACAAAAUAUAAAACACAAAUUCAACAAAUUGAAAAACGCCUAUUACAAACAGAAAAAAAUCGAAAAUUAGUUAUGAAACGAACGUCAAAGUCUUCUGCUACUGGUAAUGCUGGCAAUGAUAAUCGGCCAGAGAAGAUAGAAAAUGAUGAAAAUGAAUUGCAUCUAUCAGGCAUAGAACAAGAUUUAUUGUACGGAGUAUUGCCUGAAUGUACACUAGCUAAUACUCGUGAUUGUGAUAAAGAAUUGGUUGAUUCCUUGAUAACUCGUGCGUCGAACGAUAAUUCAACAUUGGUCAAAUAUAUGAGACGUGGUGUCGCCUAUCAUCAUGCUGGUUUGGCAAAUAAAGGGCGUAUAGCUGUUGAAGCCUUAUAUCGGAAUCGUUAUGUUCAGAUUGUUUUUUCAACAUCAACAUUAGCACUCGGUAUACAUAUGCCCACAAAAAGUGUCGGCUUUUUAAAGGAUUCAAUUUAUCUCGAUGCAUUACAAUAUCGACAAUCGUCGGGACGAGCAGGACGAAGAGGCUUCGAUGUAGAAGGUCAUGUCAUAUUUAUUGACAUUCCAUUAUCAAAAAUUCGUCAUUUAACAAUAUCAGCAAUUCCAAAUAUUCAUCCACAUUUUCCUACAUCAGUCACCUUUUGGAUGCGAUUACUGCAUUUAUAUUCAAAAUCACAAGAUAAACAGGAUGCAAAAAAUCGUGUAUUAGUUGCUUUAGAAUGUUCAUUUGCAUCUUCAACAUCAAAACAUAUUCUAAUUGAUAUUCAAACACGAUAUCAUUGUUUGUAUACAUUAGAAUUUUUGCAUCGUCUUAAUUUAAUUGAUUUAAAUGGUCAUUUGAUGGGUUUAGCUGGAUUAUCGACUCAUUUACAUUAUUUUGAGCCAUCAAAUAUUCUAUUGAUCUAUUUAAUGGAUACACAUUUAUUUCAUUCGAUUCAAUCCGAUGAUACUAUUAUUACUGUAUUAGCUUAUUUAUUUACACAUUUACCAUGGCAUAUUUCCGAUCAACAGUAUCAACAACUAAUAGCGGUUCGACGAGAGAAAACAUUCAAUUCAAAAUUAUUUCUAUCACCAAUAACUGAAGAAUUUCGGCAACGAAUUACUUCAUUCAAUGAUAUUGUCAAAGAUGUUUAUGGUUAUUAUAUUGAAAAUGUUAUCAUUGAAUUGCGUAAAAGAAUUAAAAAUGAAAAUAUAUUACCAUUCUCAGAUGUCUCAUUUCAUCCUUCUACAAAUGAAAACUUUGAUAAUGGUUCAUUUGAAUAUAAUCUACAUCAUCAUCACAGUCAACAACAAAGUAAAACAAGUAUAUCACCAUUUGCUGGUAUCUCUGGUUUAACUCAUCAAACGUUUAUGACAAAUUAUAACGGUUUAUCAUGGGAUCUGGCAUAUGAUCUUGAUUUAUCAAACAAAAUUGUUCCAUUCGUUAAUAUCGACUCUGUCGAUCAUACCGGUCAAUCUUAUCGUUUAAAUAGUUAUGCCUACGACUUCUUUCGUCAUGGAAAUGAAGAAUCAUUAAUAAGUGAAAAUCAACUUGAACGUGGUGAUGCCUAUAAUGUUCUAUUAGAUUUUCGUUUAGUUCUUUCUUCUAUAAAAACGUCUCUGGAAAUUAUCAUCGAUUGUGAAAAAGUAUCAACAGAUCUUCAAUUUUUCAAGCCACUUUAUGAGAAAAUUCAACGUGUAGAACAAAUCUAUUCGAACAAUUUCUAUAAUCAAUAUCCUGGUAGAAAUUAA